CCUCCUUUCUUCCACUCCUUCCUUCCUUCCUUCCUUCCUUCCUUCCUUCCUUCCUUCCUUCCUUCCUCCAUUCCUCCCUGCUCACCUUCUGGCCUUCUUUCUUUCCUUUUUUAAUCAAACUGAGAUAAUUCUAGAGUGAAAGACAAUUUUCUACACAAGAUGAUCUGACUUUGGCACCUCUAACUGUUCCAUAUGGACAAAUGGGAGGACUUCAUCAGACAGAACUCAUAUGUGGAGAUCUUUGAGCAUGUCUCCUUAAUGACCUUGGACACCAUUAUGAAGUGUGCCUUCAGCUACCAAGGCAGCCACCAAGCAGACAGCUGGAACCCAGGCUGGGAUACAAGCAGCAAGUGGGCCAAGGGACGUGGCUGUGUCUGGGAACUUAAGAGCUCUCAGCUCUGCCUGGGAACACUGUUCUGGGACAGACGGAGUGAUCACACUGAAGAAGGCUCAGCUGCAGGAGGAGGGAGAGCUGGAGAAGGUCAGGAGCAAGAGGCACUUGGACUUCCUGGACAUCCUCCAAUUUGCAAAAUGGAGGACGGGAGCAGCUUGUCUGACAAGGACCUCCGUGCUGAAGUGGACACGUUCAUGUUUGAGGGCCAUGACACCACAGCCAGUGGCAUCUCCUGGAUCCUCUAUGCCCUGGCCACACACCCUGAGCAUCAACAGCAGUGCCGGGAAGAGGUCCAGAGCCUUCUGGGAGAUGAGCACACUGGUGAGUGCUCAUGAGAUGGGAGACCCCUGCUCACUCAUUUAGAGAAUUCCCUGCUUGCCAGCAUCUUGCCUGUCCUUCAGGAUAGCUUUGUUUCAGGGACCACCUAGACCAGAUGCAUCAAGGAGGCAUGUGCACACCACCAUGUGCAUCAAGGAGGCACUGUGACUCUAUCCGCCAGUUCCAGGCAUUGGAAGAGAGCUCAACAAGCCCAUCAGCUUCCCUGAUGGACGGUCCUUGCCCAAAGGUAUGAGCAUCACCACACUCACUAAAUAAGAACACAUGGGAAGUCAGAAAUCUAUACACCCCAAGGCAGUUCCUGAAAGUCUUUGAGACUAGUUUCCACCUCAGAGUCAAUGCUUCCUUUGCAGUUUGGGUGAGGUAUACGAUGUGCUUUGCACAGAGUUUAAAUCCAGCAGAAACUCAAUAAACAAAUGGCAGCCUCUGAAUGUGGCUUUGGGUUUUGCCCUAAUAUUCUAAUUCCCUGAGAUGUGAAUGCUUGAAAGACAAUCAGGUGGAGUAGGGGGAGAUGUUAUCUUUCCUUUUGGGGUCUAGGUUACUGAGAGACAUUAAAAAAAUUCACUGUCGGGGCGCCUGGGUGGUGCAGUCGGUUAAGCGUCCGACUUCAGCCAGGUCACGAUCUCGCGGUCCGUGAG